UCUCGCCUGGGGACGGCGUAGCCGCACUUAUACAACGCCAACCCCUCUCUCACCAGCAGCAGCAACAAUAAAAAAACAACAACAACGAAACCUCUCUACAUACCAACGAUCCUCAAAAAUGCCCCCAUUCCACUCCCAACACUUAUCGCCACUCUUCCUCCUCCCCACAGAGCUCCGGCACCGCAUCUACGAGUACUACCUCGCCUUCACGCACUCGUCGUUCCUCGCCGACUCGCUGCGCCCGACGGUAGAAUACCUCGACCCCUCCAAGCCCUACACAACGGCUCUCCCGUCGCUCCCGCAAACCUGCAAGCGCGCAUACACGGAGCUCGCGCCCAUGCUCGCCUCGACAGCCGCGCUGCGCGUGUACCAUCCCGGGGCGCGCAACGGGCGGCGCAUCGGCUUCGCGGUCCACGGACGCCUACGGUUCGAGCGUCUGCGCUGCCUGAUCCUGAUCAUCGACCUCGAGUACGCGUAUUGGAACGAGUGGCUGGAGUUCUUUGGCGCGGUUGUGGCGCGCGCUGAGGGGCUCGAGUGCGUGGUUGUUGAUUGGGCGCCGCGGCGGGCUGCGGUGCGUGCUGGGACGUGGGAGGUCAGGAGGGAUGCUAAGAAGGAACGGAUUUUUCUGGACUUGCUUAAAGGCUUGAGGGGAUUGAGGGUGGUGAGGUUUUAUGGGGAGAUGCUGGGGAGUUGGGCCGAGGAGGUUGAGGGGGGGAUGGAGGGGGGAGGGUUUGUUGUUCGUUGUGAAGCUGGACGGUGGUGGAAUGAACCUGGGUUUUCUUGA